AUGAAUUGGAUUUUUGUGCAGAAGAUCUUUGCUGAAGCUCUUGGCCAAGGAACCAUAGAGGGCUUCUUCAAGUUAAUAUCAUACUACCAGACACAAUCUGAACCUGCUUAUUGUGGUAUCGCAACACUUACAGUGGUCCUCAAUGCCCUUGCUAUUGACCCUGGUAGGAAAUGGAAAGGCCCUUGGAGGUGGUUUGAUGAUUCCAUGUUAGAUUGUUGUGAGCCUUUGGCCAAAAUUAAAUCACAGGGCAUUACUUUUGGAAAAGUUGCAUGCUUGACUCGAUGUAAUGGAGCUAAAGUUGAAGCCUUUCGAUCCGAUGAAUGCACGGUCCAUGAUUUUUGCAACCGUGUGAUUUCUUCUUGUUCUUCUGAGGAUUUUCAUGUGAUUGUGUCUUACCACAGGAAAGCAUUCAAUCAGGUUUUCGUUGUUGUAAUGGUUGGCCGCAGACGAUCAAACAACACUGACGGCAAGAGACAGACGAAACAACGACAAGAUCAGCUUUCUUCUUUAAGGCCACAAGAGCCUAAGCCUGAGUCCAUCGACCUCCCAUUUGGGUAUCGGUUUGAGGAUGACCCCUCCGUGCAUGCUCCAUUUAUAUGUGAUCAUGUGAAUAGACCCAUAUGUCAGCCAAAAUCUCCAUCUCGUUAUUAG